AUGUUGACCUGCUGCUUUUGUGAUGCCGAACUCGGUUCAGAUGACGAGAUCCCCCGACACAUGCACUCUCACUGCAGCCCCGACUCCGGCCCAUUGACCGUCACCGUUUUCCACGAGCGCCUCCAUCUGCAAGAUUUUGAAAACAAGGGCUGGGGAUGUCCACAAACGUCCUGCAACUUUAUGGGUUUUCCGCUGGAAAUGUCGAAACACUUGGCGGAGCACUACGCCGGCCCAGACUGUACCAUGUUCCCCCAAAAACCGUCUCACAGCCAGUCCUCACAGAUCAAGGACGUUUUCACAGAGAGAGGGAAUACCGGUCCCUCGCUACUCACCAAAGGACAAAAGCGGGCCGCUUGCGAUGAGGUUACUAACCCCGCACGCACCAAGAAAACACGCGGCGUCCAGGGACAGCAGCUUCCCAUGACGCCUUCAAGCUCGGGAAGCGGUGACAGGCACGGCAAAGGAAAAGAUUCUAUCACGGCACGAUUGCGACAGUCUAGUAACGAUAGCCCCACUCCCCAUUCCGGCUCCUCAACCAUGCCCUUCGGUUUCGCAGGCCGUCAAAGGUUCACUAACACUCAAUCAACGCGUGCCCCCCACCCUCCUGCUUCUCUGCCUUCCUUGCGCGAAUGGGAGAAGGACGAAGUGGGAGAGCUGACCGGAUACAACAGUGCCUCUUUGCAGUUGACUCUCAGUACGGAAGGCAGUGUACUCGCCUCCUCACCAGCGCGAGGACCCCGCGCUACAGGAUGCUCAGCCACACAGGAAAAGGUGACGGAGACAGCGCAGGCGACACAGCAUGACCUGGGCGUGGUGUGGACGACAAAGCCGGCAAACUGCGUGGAAGAGGUCGAGUUCAUGGUCAAG